UUGAAUAUUUGAAAGAGUUUUUUGUUAUUAAAAAACUGAUUUUAAUUUUCGCCAUUGAAUUUGAAGUUUCAUUAUGGAGCGGAGAAGUUCUUUGCGAAAAUCAUUAUUUCCUAAGGAUGAAGAAAAUGCCGGUAUAGGCUGUACGCCGCGGUUUAAAAGGAGAAUAAGCUUUAGUGGCAAACACUUAGUAAGAGAAUUUCGUGUUGAGGAGGAACCAAAACAUUGGGACAAUUCCUAUGAAAUAUCAGAUAAUAUUAAUAUAGAAGAAGUCGACUCCAAAAUACUUUUUCCAAGUACUAAUUUAAUCCACAACCAAAAUGAUAAAAUAACAUUUACUUCGCAAGAUGAGCCCUUAUGUGAAGCAAAUACGGGCUGCUUGAAUCUAACAAAGGAUUUAAUUAAUACGCCUUAUCAAAAUUCUUUACUAUGUAUUGAAAAUAGUGUGGACAUCACAUUAAUUGGAAACGAAGCAAAAUAUGCCAAGCAGAAGAUCAGGAGAAAUCAUUCGGUGGCGUCAAUAGAUAACAUAAACAGUUUUUCUCUGGAUGAUAGCGAACUGCCCGAAUUAUUUCCCAAUAUGUGUGGGGAGAGGACUGAAGAUUUCAUGAACGAAUUAAAAUUUAAACCCAAAAAAAGUUACGAAAAUGUAUUGUAUUGCCGAAAUUCGAGCACUGAAAAUCAAAUGCGUUUGGAGGACGAUACAAAAAUGAUUGUGACAGUUUACAAAGACUCUGAGGAUGAGGGCAAUCCUGUCAAACACAACAUUAAUGCAAAAGAAGAUGAAAAGAAGGCAGACACAAUUUACAUGGAUGAGACUCUAGCCAUCUCCAAACCAUCACCGGGAAGUUCAGUGGCAAUGAACAAAGAAAAUGUUGAUCCAGCAGAUAUUAAAAACAUUAAAGAAACAUUAAAUAACAGCUCAUGUAUGGAUAUUGAUUGGAAUUGUAAUGGCAGUAUAAAUACAAAUAUCGAAAACGAAUCAAGGAAAUUUCAGGAAAAAUUAAACAAGCUUUCAAUGCAAAUCACUAAAGACGAAACGUUUAAUGGCGGUAUGCGGAUAGUAGCUGAUGGCGAUAUUGAAAUUACCGAAAGCCAGAACUCAACUACAGGAAGAGAUUCCCUUUUGAAUGUUUUUCAGACAAAUUCAAAAAAAUCUAUUAAGUUGCAAGAAGAAAUGCAAGUAUCUCCAAUCAAGUUGCCUGUCGUUAAACCGCUUCCAAAAUUAGUUGUGCGCAAAAUUUGUACACCUCUUAUGAAGGAUCAAAAAAUCCGACCUUUUAAUAUUUAUAAAGCGCAACAAGUUAAUGAUGAAACUGAACAAGUCAAUAAACAACUGGAAGAAGAACUUUUUUCUGAUCAACCCUCAAAUCAAGUUGUAAAAACAACAGACAGGGCCCUAAAUAGUUCUUUGGAUUUUUCAAUAAACAAUACCAGAAGAAACUCAAUGUCAUUAGAGUCGUCUUCAUCUCUGCUAAUACCAUCGGAGUACAAAACAUACAAUUUUAAACAGCUAAAUGACGAACUUGAGGGUGGACGAAUACAGCUGUUUUCAAGAACACCAAUUACCGACAAAAAGUCUAAUGAAUUUUGUCGUUCUAUUGUUGAUUUGGAUGUUGCCAAACAAAGACGAACUUUGUUUUUUGAAGACGAUAUUUCAACAUCGCCAGAUAAUAACUCAAUUAACUCCAAAUUUGUUGAUAUGAAUGACUAUUACGAUUUCAAUCUCAUUCAAGUUGGCGCUGAACCAAAAACUCAUAUAAAAUGUCGCUUUUCUCAAGCUGAUGAUGUUUUGUUGGACAAUACAAGUUUUUUGACAAAAGCUAGGAUUGGCGAUGAAACCACUUCUCGCAACAGCACUAAAAGGGACUUGCCCACCUCAAUCGAUAUAAACAUAUUUGAAGAAGAUGGACUCAAGACGAACUUUGGAGAAAAAAACGUGAAAAGUUCUACAUUGUGUUUGGAUUCCAAACUGAAAAGCUCCUCAUCAGUAUCCAAUGGAAACCAAGGCUCCAAAACUUGUUCUGAAUACACCGAGGAUGUUGACAAGAGACAAGCUAUAUACUUAAAUAGUGAUUCAAUCAUGCCGGACAACAAUUUAUCUUAUAAUUCGCUGAGUAGAUGUAUUCCGGCCAGCUCACUAAUACAUACUCCGGAUGUUAUGGAAAUUAGUUGUCACAAUGAACGCGAUACAAGAAAAACAUCAUAUCAAAAGAAAGAAAUGGAUUUGGACGAGACUCAAGGUGGUAAAUCAUCAUGUUUUUUAGGAAAAGUAUGUCAAAGUCAAGAAAUUGUCACGAAGAAAAGUUGCCCAUCAAAUCUAUUUGAUGGCACAACCGAAGAGUCCUUCGUUGGUAAUCAUGUUUCGAAAAUUGGUAAAUGCGAUUCAGAAGAUGAAAACGUAAAAGGCGUAGUAAAUACAAAUAUUAACAACGCUGAAAGGAAGAUUUUAUUACAGAAAUUUAGUGUUGACAAUUGUCAAACUAAUCCAGAAUAUCCAACUGACCAAUCUACAAAUGUAAGAAAUCGCAAAACUUUGGCUAGACUUGAAGCAAUGGAAAUAGAUGAUGUUUCUGAAAUGUUUAACUAUAGAGAAAAUGUGGUUAUUGAUUCUACGAGUGUUAUAAAUCAGUCCAUUGAUAUGUCUAAGCAAAGCACUAAGCACGUCGCUGAAUGCUUUGUUGAAGAUGCGCCUUUAACUCCGAUUUCUAGCAAAGAAAUUAACUUCGAUUAUGGGCUAUAUGAUGAAGAAUCUUCCUUUAGUAAUGAGAUGAAUAAAAUAUCCAAUGGUACAAAAAACGCUAAUUGGUUAAAAAGUAAUAGUGCCAACAUCGAAGAGAUCAACAAUAAAAAUCUAACAAAUUUGUCAGAUAUGUCUUACGAUAAUGAAUCGGAAACUUCGUUACACCAAUGUCCAACGGAUUUCACAAAACACGGAAGCAAAAUCUAUAAAGGUCGUUCAACAAUCCUCGUGCAUCACGAUAUGGAGUUGGACGAGUCUAUGCCAAAUACUGAUCAAAAGAAAUCUGAUGUAGAUCGGGAGAACACAAUAUCACCAGAAAAAGAAAUAAAUUUGAAGAAAAGUCUCAAAAACACGAAGACAAAUGAAAAUUGCUGCACAUUGCUUUUACAUGAUCAAAUGGAUGUAGAAGAUUUUUUCCAAACUUCACCUUGGCUUGGGGUCGCAAAGCCUAAUUGUAAAAGUGAAAAGAAUGCGAAAUGUGACUGUGCGAACAAGAACUGCAGAAAUUUGAUAAAGCAUGACAUGGUUGUACAUGGUUGCACACAAACAACAAAUCAGGACUACUUGAAAUCACCUUCCAAGGGAGUGCGUGAGAAACAUACAAAUUGCUUAGAUGAUCAAUUUGUAAGGGGAAAUAAAUGCCUUCAACAAAUUUCUAAUGCUGUUGAAAUUCAUUUAAAUAUUGUAAAAUCCGAUAAAGAAAGCGUGGAAGUUAAAAGUAUUUACCGAAAUGUUCAGGAAGACAAUUAUAGCCAGAAAGAUGAUGAAGUUGCGUUACAAAUGAAAGACGGAAAAUUAUUGAAUCGACUUGGGAAAAAUAAUGAAACCGCCAAUUCAGGACGAGGGGGGCAACUAGAAGCGACAUCUAUGAACACAGAAAAAAAGAAAUGCAUUGGAGACGUCCAAACUUGCAACUUCAUCAGCCCAUCGAACAAAACGCAUGAUCGAUUUUUUAAACCAGUCAAUGUCGAUAUCUUAUAUGAUGCUACUCCACACAAAUCACUAACAGAGUUUCUGGCAUACGAAAAACGGACGUUUCACUCAACUGACUCGGAUGAGUAUAUUAAAGAGAAAUCUAUGAGCAUUGAAAAUAAGAGCUUUUAUGAUGAACUUUCAAUGAAAAGGUUGUCUUAUAGUUUAACUCCUGUGGCGUCUAAGGCAAAAAAGAGGCAAACUUUGCUAUUCUCAGAUUGCGGCAUUGACGAAUCAAAUUGUAUUAAAAGGUGCAACGAAAAAGCAAGUGAAGUAGGAUUAACAAAAAAACAAAACCCAGAAUAUACAGGCCACAAAAAUAUACCAAGUCCAACAAAAAAUAAUGAAUAUAGUUAUGAAAUUGUUGAAAGCCCCUCAAAUAGUAUUCCAGAAGUACGAAAGGCAACAAUUGCAACAUAUAUCGAACCGAGAAUUGAACAUAGGGGCCCGCCAUCACAUACUCUAGUACAUUGUGAGCCAGAUUUAAUAUUUGAGGACAAUGUCGUCACAAUAUCUGAUGUUUCGGCAUAUUUUACCAAUCAGUUAAAAAGUAUGGAAAAUCCAACUAAUGUAACAUCUUGUACUGGCAUCGAAGAAACUGAAGGCAAAAAUUUCCAGAAGCAUUACAUAGAUCUUACAUUAGAGAAUAUAGAUCAAACAAAGCUUAGCUUGGUAAAAACUCUAUCGGAAGAUGAAUGUGAACUAGAAGAACCUAAGCAUGAUGACAGGAGCUAUGAGUCAAAACCCUCAUAUGGCAGACAAUUAAAUGAAAAAGGCGAAAACGAGUUCUGUGUUGAAUGCAUAGAUUUAAUUGCCGAGCCUGAUAAAUCUUCUCAUAAAAGUUAUGGGGUAAACGAAAUGACGAAUAAAAUCUGUCGGAAAUGUAGAGAAUGUCAAGUUUCAUUCCAAAACGAAAGUAUUGAUAAUUUAUCCAGAUCUUUUGUUUUGCAACCGUCUUCAGAAUUACCAAUUUUGGACAUUGAACAUUUGAAGCGGAUGCGUAGUCGUCCCCAAAUUGCGGACGUUAAUAAGUUAUGGCAUCGUAUUAGUUUGGAUCGCACAAUUACGAAUAUACAUAACGUCUCUGAAGAGAAGGCGGAUGAUGACUCCUUCAUAAUUACAAUUGGAAAUUUGUUAAAAUCAAAGUUGAGAUCAAAAAAUCGUGUCGAACCCAAGUCGUUCAAGGAAUAUAUUUUAAUAAAACCACCUUUAGCUGUUGCCUUAACUGCAUUAGUCAGAGAUAAUUUCAAAAAUUGGAUAUAUGACUGCCAAUUGGAAAGUAGGCGUAUAUUAGUGUUGAGUCAUAGGAAGCUUUUGACUUUUUCACUUUUUGUAACGUACGUUGAAAAAGAUCAAUUCGGAUCACAAAUACAUAUACAAUCAAUUAAAUUCGAAAAGAGUAUUGUACCAGAAGGAAAAUGGAAACCAAUCGAUUUCGUAUUGCACUUUCAAUUUCAACUGAGCUUACCUUUUGAUCUGCUUAGCUUGUGUAGAGGUAAUGCGGCGAGUGAUAUAACUUACAUGCUACAAGAAGUCGACAAAAUUUGCUUGGAAACCAUUGAACUGGGUAAUGAAUUGCAACGGAUAGUAAUUUUCCAUAAAGCGGGGCUUAUAAGGGAUGAAAACAGAACAUUUGUUCGAAAAAUAUUGCGUAGGCGCACGUCAGAUGAGGGAAGUAAGAUGAAAAAGAUGAUAAUAUUUAUUAAAAUCUAAACAAAGACGACGAAAAGGAUCAUUAUUUUCAAAACACUUUGAUGAUAUUGAAUAUUGAGCAGUGGAAAAUUUCUCGUUGGUCUUGGAGGAAUGUUAAUAUUAAGCCGGCUCAACAGAAACGGACUUCAAAUUCCCGUGUAACACAUUUGAGAUGAAAGUGAUGUUCAACAUUUUCCUGCGGCUACUGAGAGUAGGGAGCUUUAUUAAAUUUAAUCUAAACGUAUAUUAAGG